CACUAUCCAGUACAUUCCUGGAUCCACCAGGUGGCAGGUGUGUCGGCCACUCCCAGCCCCUCCUGAGCAACACCCCCAUUUUCCCGCUUGAAAGCUCAAAUAUUUGUUUAUAUCGAUGGAGGGCGACGAAUAUGCCGAUUUCCUACUUAAUUACCAACAACAAAUGAACAAUUUCGUCUUGCAAACUGGAAUAGCACUUGCAGUAACACUUAGCAACCAAAAUACAAAGAAUAGGAGCGUGGGGGUUCAUGAAAUCAACAAAAAAAGAAAUGAAAAAGGUUUCUACCACAACUUGUAUCAAGAAUUAAGGGUCCACCCUCAACGAUUCUUUAAAUUUUUCCGGAUGAGUGUUAAACAAUUUGACUUUUUAUGUGAGCUUAUUCGACCCCACUUGGUCCAGAAAGAUGUCUUCACUCAUAGACCAUUUCCAACUGACAUGAGGGUUGCAGUCACCCUAAGAUUUCUGGCCGCCGGUGAUAGCACUCAUACGCUAGCUUGUGCUUUUCGAAUCGGAGAUUCAACCUGCAGGCAAAUAGUUGCUGAAACAUGUGCAGCAAUUACAUCAGCUCUGAUGCCUCAAUACAUUAAAGCGCCAACCAAGGAGGAAUACAAAGUAAUUGCAAAAGAGUUUGAAGACCGCUGGAAUUUGCCAAACUGUAUUGGGGCGGUGGACGGAAAGCAUGUAGUAAUGAAGUGUCCACCGAACUCAGGUUCAACAUUCUUUAAUUACAAAAAACAAUUUAGUGUGAACCUCUUUGCCGUCUGCGAUGCAAAUUAUUGUUUUACAAUUGCCGAGGUUGGGUAUGUUGGUGUUUUAAGUGAUGCUGGAGUUUUUAGAUUGAGCCCUUUUGGCCAGAGCAUUCUUAAUGAAACCCACCCGAUUCCUGAAGCUGGGUUGCUUCCAAAAGCAAAAAAUGAUCAAAACUGUAAUUUCUUCUUUGUUGGAGAUGAAGCUUUUGGACUCCGUACUGAUUUUCUGAUCCCUUAUGGAAAAGGGUUGUUGAGUGUGGAAGACGAGCUUCUUUCGUACGAGAGGCGUGUUUUUAAUUACCGUCUCUCAAGGGCAAGGCGGGUAAUAGAAAACACUUUUGGUAUUUUGGCAGCCAGGUGGAGAAUCUUUCAUCGAACAAUUGAAGCUCACCCAGAAAACGCCUGUCUUUUUGUGCAGGCUUGUGUAUGCCUGCACAACUUUUUAAUGAAAACAAAAGAAAGGAGUGGUGUGAGAGUUCCUCCUGGCUAUUUUGGGGAUGUUUAUAAGAGGGGUGAAUUAUCCGUUCCGGGUGCAUGGCGAAAGUCAAUUGAGGGGUCUAAAUUAGUAGAUCUCCCAAUGAGAUCAAGUCGCACGCCAAUUACUGAAGCAAGGGUUCAACGAGACAUGUUGGCCCGAUACCUGACUUACGACUAUGCACUGCCAUAUCAAGAGAAGUAUGUAAACCGGGGUGUUCAGAGAGCCGAAGAGGCUCUUAAAACUGUCGCCAGCAGAAAAUGAUUUCAAAGAUGUCAGAAAUUGUUGUUGCCAAAAAGAGCGUUUGAUUAAAGAAAGAGCGUUUGAUUAAAAAAUUUCAUGCUGUAUUAGGUUUAAUUUUGUGUGUGUUUUUUUUAAAAAUUAAAGAUAUGUAAUUGAAUUUAUAAACUUUUAUUUCCUUUCAAAAAAUACAUGUAUUUUUAUAUCAAUAAACAAGUUGUUUUAAUUAAA